AUGGUAUCCCAAUAUGUGGACCAGAAUCAUCGAAAUUGGGACGAGCGAAUACCGGAGUUGCAAUUCGCGUACAAUACGGCGCGGCACGAGGCAACCGGAUACACCCCUGCAUAUCUUGUCUACGGUUGCGAGCCGGUAUCCCCUCUCAAUCAAGACGCCGCACCAAAAACCGCCGCACCGCCGCCCGACGAAAAGCGCCGACAUCUCGAGGAGGCCUUCGAACUCGCGAGAAUACAUCUCGCACACGCGUUCCAGCGACAACAGAAGUAUUAUAAUCUCCGACGACGAGCGUGGACACCAAAAAUUGGAGACUGGGUAUGGAAGCGUGAGUACCCACUCUCCAAUAAAGCCGCAGCAUUCAACGCAAAACUCGCGCCGAAAUUCAGAGGCCUCCUCGAGGUGCGACGUAUAGUAUCCCCCGUAAUUGUGGACCUGCGCGAUAAGAGCGGCAAGUGGAUCCGACAUAUCCACGUACAAGACUUGAAAGCCGCGCCGGAAACCCCCCCUCCAGGCGACGAGACCGGGGACGAAAACGCCGAAACAAACAGCGAGAGCGACAACGAAACCGACGCCGAAAACACCAGCGACCCCGACAACGACACCGAGGACAACAGCGAAUAUUAA